AUGAUCAUCGAGGCUGUGUCAGUCCUCGCCAUCAUCGGCCUCAUGUCGAUGUGCAUCUACAACCGUGCGCGCGUCGUGCAGUGGAUCGAGCUGCUGGCGUCGUUCGCGGAGAGCGGCGAGCUCGUCGACUGGGGCAAGGCCUCGCAGUGGAUUGGAUACGACGUCAUCUCUGAGCUGGUCUUUGGCGAGCCGUUUGGUUUCUCCGUCGCUGGUGAGGAUAAGUAUAGCCUGCUGUCCCAGGUCGUCAAGUCUCUUCCGAUCGUCGGCCCCCUCGUGAGAAUGCCGUACCUCCUCGAGAGCAUCGUCAAGAUCCCGCUUCUGAGGGAUUGGAUCCUCCCCACCCCCUGGGACAAGAACGGCCUGGGUCGCCUGAUGGCUUUCCACAACGAGCUGGUCAACGAGAGGAUCUCGAAGGAGGCGAGGGGAGCUUCCGGUGGCAAGCGUGAUAUCCUAGCGCACCUCCUCGACGCGAAAACCGCCUCCGGCACCGCGAUCGCACGCGAAACGAUCCUAUCAGAGACGCUUAUGAUGCUGAUCGCAGGAUCCGAGUCGAUCGUGUCUUCGAUGUGCGCGUUCCUGAUCAACCUUCACCAGCACCCGCGCGUGCACUCGAAGCUGCUCGGCGGCGGCGGGCUCGGCACCGAAAACCUCGAGGCGGUGAUCACCGAGACGCUGCGGUUCUCGCACCCCGCGCCAAACUUCUUCCCGCGCAUCGUGGCUACGCCUGUCAUGCUCCCGUCCGGACACACUAUCCCGAAGGGAACCGAGGUUUCUAUGAACCCUCACUGCGUCAUGCGCGAUCGGGACGUCUUUGGAAUGGACGCGGACACGUUCCGCCCGGAGAGGUGGCUCGAGGAUAGGAAGAGCGUCGGCAGGAUGGAAAUGCUCAAUAAUAUCUGGGUGUACGGCCCGGCUAUGUGCCUUGGAAAGUCGGUCGCCAAGCUCAAGAUUACGAUCCUCCUGACCAACUUCGACAUCGAGAUGGUCAAUCCGGACAAGCCGUGCGCCAGCUUCAGCAACCACGUGAACAUGAACUACGUGGGCAUGAUGGUCAAGCUGCACAAGCGCGAGGGAGCGAUGGCGACUGUCUGA